GCAGCAUUUCGCAACAAAAGCACCAUCAUCUCCUUCUCGGUUCCCUUCUUUCCUCUGUUUAUCAGCAUCAGCAUCAGGGCCUGCAGUAAAGAGUAAAGAAAAUUUGGGUGCUGUAAUUGGUGGAAUUGAAAUAAGUAGGAAUGUUUGAGGAAAGGAGAGUGCACCCCGAUUGCAUAAAUGCUUCCAACCCAUAUCAUGAAUGCGUCGAGUAUUGCUUCAGAAGAAUAGCUGAAGCCAAGGAACGGAGCAAGCAAGAAGGAUCAGAAGUUAAAGAAACUAGUGGUGGUGUGGAUGCUAGUGGCCCAUCACAUUCAGAUUCCCCUGAUCAGGAUGAGGAUCCUUAUGGUGACAGAUCUGAUCUUGAAAAACAGGGUGAUGGGGAUGAUGAUCAUCCUGUAGAGGAGAAUGUGGAACCAGACUUUACAAAACUCACAGGGAGGCAGAAAAAGUUGUUUGAUUUAAGGCUCAAGAUGAAUGAAGCCAGGAAAGCUAACCAAACUGCCAUGGUUGCGGAAAAGAAAAGAAUGGAAGCUCCACAGGAGUCAAGGGGCAUUUCUAAACAAAAAUGGCUUGAAGAAAGGAAGAAGAAAAUUGGAAAACUACUUGAUGCAAAUGGUUUGGAUAUGUCAAAGGCAUAUAUGUUUGAUACAGAAGAGACGGCAGAGGCAAAAUAUAAGAAAUGGGAAAAGGAUCCUGCUCCAUUUGGUUGGGAUGUUUUUAAUCAAAAAACACUGUACAAUGCCUACAAAAAGCGGACAAAGAAUAUAGAGUGUGAUAUUGAAGAAUAUAAUAAAAUGAAAGAAGCUGAUCCAGAGUUCUACCGUGAUGCUUCCAGCCUCCAAUAUGGAAAAACACCAAAGAUUUCUGAGGAAAAGAUUGACAAGAUGGUGAAGGAGCUCCAGGACAGGGAGGAGAAGCGGAAAGCAUUUAGUAGAAGGCGUAGGUUCCAUGAAGAGAAGGAUAUUGACUCUAUCAAUGACCGUAAUGAGCAUUUCAACAAGAAGAUUGAAAGAGCCUUUGGAAAGUAUACAUUGGAGAUUAAGAACAAUCUUGAGAGAGGAACUGCUUUGCCAGACUGAGGCCUGCAGCCAUGAUAUGUCCGUGCAGCCUAUAUGUCUCGGUUGUAUUUUUAAGAUGGAGGCCAAUUGAACAGUUGGUGCAUGGGUAGGAUAUAUGUUGAACUGGGGGAAGGCUGCACACACUUACGUAGUUGGAGAAACUGUUUACAGUUUAAGCAUAAUGAGGUUGAGAAAGGAAUUAGCUCAGACUUUGCCUAAUCAUGUCAUUGCACAGAUUGAUAAGUGGUUUUGCAAUGUAAAAUUGGGUAAGUAAAGUACUGAUUAAGAUAUAGCCAUCCAUCAUCAUGUAAGAAUAGGUAUCUGCUUAAUGGUGGGCUCCAUGAUUAAAGCCAAUGGAAAUGAAAUCAAAUAUCCUGAUGCAAAUUUUGUAAUGUUC